GGGCCCCGGGGCGCUGCUCCGUCGGGCGCGCAGGUGCGAGGAGCCUGUUGCUGCUCGGGCCCUUCCUGCGCCUCGCGCCGGCACGUGUGAAGGGGGGCUCGGCGGCCGCUGCGCUCGUCUGCACGGCGGUGUUUCCCGCGGGGGACGCGGCUGAGACCAAGGCGGUGAUGGGAGGUGUCUCCGGCCGAACCGGAAGUGGUGGCCUGCUGGGGAAAUCCACCAAAGGCCCCAGUCCAUCUCUGGUGGCACUGGUUACUGUCGGGUUGGCUUUUGACCCUCGGCGUGUGUUGGAGCACCUGUUUCAAGAAAUGUGCUUGUACCGGAUCUGCCGCAAGUUAACUUGGUUGCACGUGAUUAAACUACACUGAAACAGUGCUACUCUUAAACAGUGUAAAGUGCCUGAAUACAAAGAAUCAUCUUUUUAAAGCAACCUAGUUAAACCAGUGCAAGCUGAGAUGAGACUCUAGAUUGUUUGUUUAUGAAUGAUCCUUUUCUGACCUACUGAGAGCUGAGAAUGAGGGAAGUGUCAAAACAAAGGUAUUGUUUCAUUAAACCUGCUGAAAUCUUUUCAAGAGUGGUAUUAGACUUUGGACCUGAGGCUGCUGAAAAAGAAGCAGGAGAGGGCUUUCUUUACUUCUGCUAAGGUCAUCUGAUACAAACAGAAAAAGACACAAACACCAAAGAAGUAAGCAUAAUGUGGCUUACCUUUUGUUUGGAAAGUUGAACAGUGCUUUCACUUAGAGAUGGCUGACAAAGGUGGGAAGAUCCUUCCAGUACCAUUAUACAUUGAAGUGGAGUAUGACUAUGAAUAUGAGGCAAAGGAUAAAAAAAUUGUGAUAAAACAAGGUGAGAAAUACAUGUUGGUGAAAAAAACUAAUGAUGAUUGGUGGCAAGUCAAAAAGGAGGAACACUCCAAGCCCUUCUAUGUGCCAGCCCAGUAUGUGAAAGAAGUAACACGAAAAGCACUGAUGCCACCUGUUAAACCAGCAGGUGGACUGCCAAAUAGUUCUUUGAAACUGAUGCAUGCGGGGUUACAGAGAUCAACAGAAAAUGUGAACAAGUCACCAGAACUUUCUAGUUUUGGAAAAACUGUUCCAGUUCAAGUGGCUGGUCUAGUUCGGGAUGCCAAUCAGAAUCUGGGACCAAACAGUAGCCCAGGUCAAACUGUUUGCUUGAAUCUGGACCUUGCCCAAAAUAAUGGAAAACUAAAUAAUGAGUUACAGUCACCCAAGGUUUCCAGCCAGUACAGGACCCUCUCCGUGGGCCAUUUCCCUUGUCCUGAGUUCAUGGAAAUAGAAAAGACCAGCUUUUCCCUUGAACAGUCUUGUGAUUCAGCAGGAGAAAGCUCAGAAAAAAUACAUCAAGAUUCAGAAUCUGGAGAUGAACUCAGUAGCAGCUCCACAGAACAAGUUCAGCCAACUACUCCACCAAGCCAAGGGAGGCCUGAUUCACCAGUUUAUGCUAAUUUACAAGAACUGAAAAUAUCUCAGUCUGCACUCCCACCUUUACCUGCAAACCCACCAAUUCAAGUUAAUGGAGAGUGGGAAACUCAUAAAGACACUACAGGACGAUGUUAUUACUACAAUCGAGGAACACAGGAAAGAACCUGGAAACCUCCACGUUGGACCAGAGAUACAAACAUAAAUAAAGGGGACCCCCAGAGCCAACUAGAUCAUGAGCAUCUUUCAUCAGAAGAAAACGACCACAGUUCUUGUUACAGCCAGUCAGAUAGUCAGUAUGGUUCUCCUCCAAAGGGUUGGUCAGAAGAGUUGGAUGAACAUGGUCAAACCUUAUAUACCAAUGACUAUACUAAUGAAAAGUGGAUAAAACAUGUAGAUGAACAAGGUAGACCAUAUUACUACAGUGCUGAUGGAUCACGUUCAGAAUGGGAACUGCCAAAGUAUAAUGCUUCACCACAGCAGCAAAGAGAAAUAAUUAAGAGUAGGAGUCUGGACAGGAGGCUACAAGAACCAAUAGUUUUAACCAAGUGGAGGCACAGCACAAUUGUAUUGGACACCAAUGAUAAGGAUUCUCCAUCUGCUUCCAAGACAAGCUUCCCUGAAAAUGAGUCAUCUCCUUCUUCACCAAAGCACCAAGCCACAGGUCAAGAGAAGUAUGGAUUAUUAAAUGUGACAAAAAUUACAGAAAAUGGGAAAAAAGUUCGAAAAAACUGGACGUCCUCAUGGGCAGUAUUACAAGGUUCGUCAUUAUUGUUCACUAAAACCCAAGGAAGUGGAACUGGCUGGUCAUUUUGCCAACGGGGCUCAAUUCCUGAGCUCUUGCUCUCGCUGCUUUCUUCUUGGAAAAAUGCUCUCAGUCAUCGGCCUGCUGUCACCUAUGUAAACUCUGACCCUGUUUCAGCUAUCAGUAAGUUUGGGGUUAAUCAAUCUAAGCCAGAAUUUACAGUGGAUCUUAGAGGGGCAUUUAUUGACUGGGCUUCAAAGGACAAAUCCAGCAAAAAGAAUGUCAUUGAGUUGAAAACCCGACAAGGAACUGAACUCUUAAUACAAUCGGAUAAUGAUAGUUCGAUUAAUGAGUGGUUUAAAGUUCUUACUUUAACCAUCAAUAAUCAGGCAGUAGAGUCGGAUGAGGCAUUAGAAGAUGAUAUACCAGAUUCCCCAGGGCUGGAAAAGCAAGACAAAGAGAAGGAUAAUAAGGAUUCUAAGAAACUUCGUUCAAUGAAACUCUCUGGCAGUAUAGAUGCUUCAGAACAGAAGAAGACCAAAACAAAGCUGAAGAAAUUUCUCACACGGCGACCUACGUUACAAGCCGUCCGUGAAAAAGGCUACAUUAAGGAUCAGGUGUUUGGCUCAAACCUCACCAGCUUGUGCCAGAGAGAAAACAGCACCGUGCCAAAGUUUGUGAAGCUGUGCAUUGAGCAUGUUGAGGAACAUGGAUUAGAUGUUGAUGGGCUAUACCGAGUCAGUGGCAACCUUGCAGUGAUACAGAAGCUAAGGUUUGCAGUUAAUCACGAUGAGAAAUUACACUUGAAUGACAGUAAAUGGGAAGACAUACAUGUCAUCACAGGAGCGCUAAAAAUGUUUUUCAGAGAGCUGCCAGAACCACUCUUCACAUAUAAUCACUUCAAUGACUUUGUCAAUGCAAUUAAACAAGAACCAAGACAACGUGUCCAUGCUGUCAAAGAUUUAAUUAAGCAAUUGCCAAAGCCAAACCAAGAUACCAUGCAGGUACUUUUCAAACACCUCAAGAGAGUAGUGGAAAAUGGAGAGAAGAACCGAAUGACCUAUCAAAGUAUAGCAAUAGUUUUUGGUCCAACUUUAUUAAAGCCAGAAAAAGAGACUGGUAACAUAGCGGUCCAUACAGUGUACCAGAAUCAGAUUGUAGAAUUAAUUCUGCUGGAAUUGAACUCCAUCUUUGGACGCUGAAGUGUUCUCGGACUGCAAACUGGAAGUGAUGGGUUGGCAGCAGUGUCCCAUCAAAAGUCAGAUAUCUCUGUAUGUGAUGUAUUGUGUUUGUGGACCAAGCAGCAUCUUGAUUUUGCACUUUUGGGGGUGGGGCAGGAAGGAAGGAACAGGAGGAGAGUUUGACCAUUUUAACUGCUAUUUAUGCAAGUUAUUAACAUUUGGAUUUCACUCGUUACAAAAUUUCAGUAGUUUAUACUCUGCAUUUUUUGUAACAAACUACACAUCUGGUAUAGGCAUACACUGGAUUUCUUGAUGAGAAAAACUUGAUCUCAAACUGGAUAAUCUGGAACUGCUUUUUAUUUUAUUUAUUUUUUUUUAAGUUCCCCAGUUGGUAGGGCAAGAUAUCUAUUAACUGGCCUUGAAAAUUUAAGUGAAAAGAAUUGCUUCCUAAGCUCUUGUACUAAAUCUAUUUGAUCCUGUGUGGAUCAUUACAGCUGGGUUUCUGCAUGCAGUGGCUUGCUUAAAUUAGUGCUAACAGUGGCCAGUUUGGUUUACAGUAAUCCAAAUCUAAUCCUUCAUUUGAGGCUUUUUUUUUUUUAAUUAUUAUAUUGCACAUUAUCCUUGGUGGAAUUUUUUUUUUAAUGGUUUGAUAAAGCAGCGCACUAGUAUUUUAAACACUGAACUUUCAAGACUAUCCAGCAGAGGAUAUUUGUUCUGUGGUGAUCUAGAAUUUUUAUUUAAUACACAAGUCCAUUUUCAGGGUAUUUCUUGGGUCACGGUUUGUGCUAUAUUGAUUUGCAGCUAACAAUCCUAAGUAAAUACCGAUCUUUUCUAAUGCUAUACUGAGUUUUCAGUAUGAUCCUGUGGUAGUGAACAUUUUUCAAUGUAAAUACAUGCUAAAGACUGAAUGGCCUUUGGCUUAUGUACAUAAAAUCAGUUGUAUAGUCUCAAAGUACCUUCUAGUCGCACAUUUCUAAUCAUGAGUAGAGUAGCUACAGGUAGCUUAAUACUUCCAGUUUGGGUUUCUGCAAAGAAACAGAUUGUUUGGGAAAGCUAACUGCGUGCACUUUUAGAUGUUAAUUACAUUUGCAGGCAAAUAAAUAUAAUGCAAAUGGUACUGGAAAAAUACUGUGUGUGUGCUUGCUAAAUUGUUAAUGCACUACAAGAGGAGCCUUUUAGAUUAUUUAAUAUGUACAGGAUACAUUAGAGAAAUGUAUUAUGAAUUCUAACAUCUACAGAUAGUGGAAACCCAUGUUUUCAUAGAUAGAUGUUUGAUGGAAACAAUGAUGAUGCUAAAUUUGAGAAUUCCUUUUUACAUUAAUGUAGAUUAAUUUGUAAAAUUGGUUUUGGAAGAUUUUGUUACAGGGAACAUGGUCUGCUGAAGAUUUUUUAAAUGUAUUUUUCUAGACUAACUGCUGUACCUGACACAUUUGUUAUGUCUAAUCUGAAUAAAGAAAAGCAUUAGAUAUUUUGGGAUUUGCUAUUUCAGAUUUAGACAACAUUAUAUCCUGUUUCAGUUUGCAAACAUUUUGCCAAAUAUUCACUUACUGUCUGUUGAAAAUAAUACUUUUGCAGAGUUAGUAAGAUGUUUUUAGAAAUGAAAGCUUAACUCAGAAUGAAUCAUGGUUUCCCCCAUUCCUACCUCCGCUCUCAACAGUACUUGGACAUACAUUAUGAUAGAAGUUUUGGGAAAAUUGGAGUAAUUUAUACAGUUAAACUUUCAAAUAUCCUUACAAUUUUUUUUGUGCUCCUUAGAACACCCGCCCACAACAGAGAAGUAGAGAAAUUAUUGUAUUUUACCUUUGAUCUUUUUUCUGCGGCACUUGAAAAGCUACAGAUUCUGGCAGUGGGAGAUAAACAAAACCGUAGACUUUUUUCCAGGAAUACAUAACAAAAUAAUGAGUAGUUUCUCAACUUUAAACCAAACAGCAGUAGAGUUCCAGCGACAGAAAGCUAGCCUGCAAGUCUCUGUUAAGAAAAGAGAGAGAGAGACAGACAAACAAUUUACCUUGUGGCUUUCUCGCUCUUUUAUUGUGGCAGUGGUGAAGUUUUGCGGUUUGUUGCACAGCAACUUGGUGAGAAUUGUAAUAACUACAAAUUGGUGUUGCAUUUUCAGCCUCCUAAUCUGCUUUUACAUGUUUGAGCUGCAGAGAUGGCAUCAUCCAGUAGGAAAUAUAAAUCCAGUUGGACGUCUUGUAGUAGUUUAUUCAAAUCCCCAUUUAUUUGAAUAUUAGAAAGAAAGAAAGAAAAUCUUAUUCAGCAGAAAAAAAUAAGAUUGCUAAACUACAGAUCAUUUUGUCUGUAUAUAUAUUGCUGUAUUCAAAGAAAAGAGAAUGCCUUUAAAAAAAAUUUAAAUAGUAUGGGGAACCAUAAUAUUUUCCACUGUAUUCCCAGAGAAUAAAGCAUUUUGUUUUA